AUGUAUGACGAAACUAUGAACAUUGUUGAAUCUAAUCAAAAUAUAAAAGAAACAUUACCCGAUGUUUUUCCAGAAUUAAUUAAAAUUAUUCGAAAGUUACUUCCACAAGAGAUUCCACUGAAUUUACAUGUUAGAAAUGUUGAUUAUACGGAAAGUACAUUUGAUAAAUUAUCGGGUACAUUGUAUUUAACAACAUUCCGUCUUGUAUUUGCUCCAGACAAUGCUGUAGUCACAAGCACAACUGAUUUUUCUUCGGGAAACAAAUUUAUUGGAGAAUAUGAUAUACCGUUGACAUCAAUAUAUAAAAUUAAUGUUGCUCCUGUUGAUUCUCGUACUGGAUUCAAAUCAUUUUUGAAUGAAGAUCAAAUUAAAUCUGAAACACGAAGUUUUACAAUCAUAACGAGAGAUUUUCGAAUGGUUACAUUUACAAAAUGUUUGGUUAUAAAGUCUAAUAGUCAUGCAUCACAACAAUUACCGGUUACAAAAAUGGAAACGUAUAUCGAUGCAUUGAAAUUCAGUAGUAAAUAUCAAGAAAAAGAACAGUUGUAUCCAUAUUUAGCACUCAGUCGAAGCACUAUUGAUAUGGGGAAGAGAUAUGAUGUUUCCAAUUUAAGACAUAAUUCUUGGGUGAAACGAUCAAUUUCUGAUGAAGACUCAGAUUUUCGUUUCAGUGAAGAUGAACGUAUUAAGAGCUAUCUGAUGUAUUCAGACUGGAAAUCUGAAUUAGAUAAUGCUAAUGAAGAACAAUGGGUCGUUGAUAGAGAAAAAUUCGAUGAAAGAAAUAUUGCGAUAGAAGAUGGUCCAUUCGUUCGACUUAAUCGGAAAGAAGGAACACGAGGUUUGAUUUGGCAUUGGACGCAUACAUCUCUACCCUCGGAAAACAAUUAUCGUAAACAACGCAUGUUAGUUACUGUACCUGAUAUACCACCAGAAUCAGAAGGAAGAGAUCCUUUGCGUCGAAUAACAACCGAUUCUCGUUUAACCACGUUAAAUUAUUCAUCCCAUCAUUACCAUCACCCGUCAUCUGAUGCUACACAAGAAUUUCAACGUUAUAAUUUAUCAAAAUUUCCAUGUAAUUUAAAACGUUUGCAAGCAAGUUAUGAAAAAUUAUUAGAAAUAUGCUUGAUUCCUGCAGAAGAUCAGGAUGAAAAGUGGUUAUCAAAACUGAAUGUAUGUAAAUGGUUAAAAUAUGUUUCAAAUGCAUUACAUGGUGCUGCAUUAUUAGCCAAGGUAUUGGAUUACAAACAUAUUGAAUUAGCUGGCAGUGAUUAUGAUAAUAGUUGUCUGAUGUCAUCGCUUAUACAAAUUUUAUUGCGUCCAAAAUGUCGUACAAUCAAAGGUUUUUGUGAAUUGAUUGUAAAAGAAUGGAUAACACGUGGUCAUCAUUUUCGAGAACGAUUUGGAUAUGAUAACACAUCACAGUCAGCUCAAGAGUCACCAUUAUUUCUUUUGUUUCUUGAUUGUGUAUAUCAGUUAAUUGUUCAAAAUCCAUUUUUAUUCGAAUUUACAGACGAUUUACUUAUUGAAUUAUAUCGUAGUGUUUGUUAUUGUUACCAUCAUACAUUUGUGUUUAAUAACGUUAAUGAACGUCUUGAUGCAAUGAAUAAUUGUCCACCCCAUGUAUUAUUAUUAUCGACAUUUGAUUUUUCAUUAUAUUUGUAUUCUAAUAUAUGUCGAUCACUUCGAAAUGAAGCAUCAAUAUUUUCAUCUUCUUUAUUGCCAUCAACAUCAACUGAAGUUACUGUUCCAUACAUGACGCCCACACUUCGUUAUCCUCAAUCAGCUUCUACAACUUAUACACCAAAUAGACACCACCGACAAUCAUUAUCCUAUACGAAUAAUAUUGAACAAACUGUUCCAGGAGUUAAUCGACACAAUUAUAAAAGUGUUUAUUUCGAAGCACCACUGGGACCAUCACAACAUGUGACCAGUACACCUGUUUCAGAGAAACCAUCGAUGAUAAAUGAUUAUUCAUUAUCCUUAGCAGUUACUCUACGUGCACCAACAGUCGAUGCUUUAAAUGAAGCAUCAUUAUUAGAUUUUGAAAAUAUUGAAUCACCACAAAUAUUUUUAAAUGAUUUAAUUGUAGAUUGGCGUUUAUUUAACAUUGUUUUUUGGACAAAAUGUUACUGUCGUUAUGAAAUAUUUCGUUUAAAACAAUAUGAUGAAAAUUCUGUUCAAGAACAAUUAUCAGAUGAACUCCAUUUCUUACAUAAACAAUUAAAAGUGGAAAAAAUGAACUAUAAACGAAUACAAUCAUCGAUAGUAAAUAGUAGCAGUCAUAUUCGGAAUAAAUCAAAUAGAGAGAAAAGUACUCUUGACAUUUAUUAUCCAUUUAGCUAUGCAAAUUCAUGGCAUCCAAAUACACUCGAUACACGAGUUUAA